AUGGCCAAAUACAAAGCCGACAAUGCUGCUGUCCGUGAGUCCCUUGCCCAGGUGCAAGGAGAGAUGAACUUGUUCUGGGGCAACAUGGAGACCAUCCUUGAGCUCCUCCAAUCUCAGAGGAACCCUGCCUCUGCGGGAACUACCGUCGACCCUCCGGCGGAAACUGUGGUGCCUAACUCUGGGAACCGCCAGGUGGUCCCCACAGAUACCGCUAGGCUUGCUGCUCCCUACCCGUGGGGAAUGCCUCCUCACCUUGCUGCUAGCCUCACUAGUGGGGAGCUUUCUUCCCUCACUUGGCUCUUGCUGUUGCUGCUGGAAACUCUGGCAGGGGCACCUCAGGCCCCCAAUGCUCAACCUGGGAUGCAAUAUUUUCAACCUGCUACCGCCGCUCAGAUUGUGCCACCAGGUUUCUCUUACUCGCCCAUGUGGUUCAACCCGAACAUGCCAACACCAAUCGCUCCUGAAGCCUCUCGACCGGCCAGUCAGGUCGCUUCUCCCGUUGUUGAUCCGGCCAAACCGGCGGAUUACCAACUCUCGGACGGCAGAAUAAGGGUCAUUGAGGGCUUCUCUUCUUUUGGCAUAGACGCUCGAGACCUCUGCUUGGUCCCGAACGUGGUGUUGCCUCAAAAGUUCAAGGUACCCGAUCUCGCCAAGUACAAAGGCCUUAGCUGUCCCCGUAGUCAUCUCACUAUGUACUGCAGGAAGAUGGCUUCGCAUAUUGAUAACGACAACCUCCUGAUUCAUUGGUUCCAAGACAGCCUGAUUGGGGCUUCCUUAGAUUGGUAUAUGAGUUUGGAGCGCUCGAAGAUCCGAUCAUGGAGAGACCUCUCCGAGGCAAUUUUGAAACAAUACAAAUACAACCUUGGCAUGGCUCCAACAAGGCUUCAACUACAGAACCAGUCGUAG